UCCGCUCGAACCGCCGCUGAGGGAGGCGACUGGCUGUUUCCAUCCAAGCAGUGAAGCUCUUGAAGAGAAGGCUCCUUGCCCCCUUCUCCUAUUGCCUGCGAAGGAAGGGCAUCAGCAGUGAUGCUGUUCAGUUAGGCUGUCAGUUGACAUCUCAGGACCGGCAGUAAGAGCCAUCCCUGCCAGCGAACCAUGUGAAUUCAAGAGCAGAGGAGAAGAAAAAGUGCACUUGGCAUGUCUGUUGCUGAAAAGACAAUAUCCUGACUCCAGCAAUAAGACAGCACAUCUUUUCUGCACAAAUCUCACUACCUGGGAGGAGAUGUUCCUAGAUAAAUCACCAGCAAGCUCAUGGUCUGAACCAGCUGCUCUAGUGCCUAGUCCCAACAACCCCUGCCUGCUCUGAAAGAAAGCUGACUUUUUGAUUGUUCCUAAUGAGAAACUCAAAACUCCAUACUCUUUAAGCAAGUAUCAAUAGCCCUGGAUUAGGAGAGGAGAGAUCCCCCAGCAGACUGGCAAAGCAGAAAACAACCUUCCCCACCUCAUACAAGGAUAAACCACCUGCUGUGGGAGAAGCUGGCAGAAAGCUGACUCGGUUUGUUUGGAAAACACUUGCAAAGACCAAAGCUGUGCAAUUCUUUGCAGCUCAGUUUGAGAGAAGGACCAAAGCUUUUCCCCUACCAAAGGAGGUGACCUACCAAAAGAAGGACCAAAGCAUUUUCAGGACAAAAUAAAAGCCAGAUGGCAGUGUAAAACACAAGUCUGAUGCUUGUUGUCAUUCUAAUAGCAACUUGCAAAAUGAUUUGCAAAGGCCUGUCUCAUGCAGUCUGCUUAACUGUGUGAACCAGCAGUCUUGAGACCAAGAGGAUGGAGCAUUUCUUGCUGAAACCAUCGUGCCAUCUGUACUAAGUUUCCUCUCUUGACCUCCUUUGUGAGUCUGGUGAGGGAAGACAGGAAAUUUGAAGGUAAAUAGGGAAAAUGGACCAAAGCUGACAAAGAGCAAUGACUGAGAUUUAUUUCAAAUUCCGUGGAAACCUGACUGGCCGCAUCCACUUUCCAACUCUGGCUACAGAAGUAGACACAACAGCAGAUAAAUAUUCCAGCCUCUACGUGUACGUGGGAUUGUUCCUAACACUUCUGGCUAUCCUUCUCAUACUGCUUUUCUCCAUGCUUUUGCGCCUGAAGCAUGUUAUUUCCCCAAUCACCACGUCUCCAGAAAGCACUGAGAACGUCCAACAGUUCACAGAUGUGGAAAUGCACAGCAGGAUUCCUACCACUUAAGAGACCCCAAAGCAAAGAGGGCUCUGUGCUUGUGAAAUAUGUUUUGUUCAGCAAAAUGGUGGUGGAAAGAAUGCCUGCCUAUUGAGCCCUACAACUUAUUGCACAACCACCAACAGCAGCCCAGAGCAUCUGGAGAGUGGUACACAACUCAGACUGACUGGCUGGGACCCAGUGGCUGUUGACACUACAGGCAACAUGUGUGCAACACCCUCAAUAAAAUUUACAUUACAGAAACCUACUGCUGUCAGGAAAGACUCAUAUGGCUCUAAAAGCCCUUGCAGAAAAUGGUAAAAGCCACAAUAAUGACAGCCAAAACCCCAAAGAGACGCAUACCAGAAUGUGUCCUGCAGCCUGUAUUUGCUGACCUAUCUCUCUGCCCUUAAAUUCCUUGCUUGUGGAAAGAGUUGAAUCAACAAAGCUAAGUGGCGUAAGCAGGAAGAGCCCACGGGGCACGUACAGAAAUUAUCAGUGGUUUGGAAAUUCUCAGGCAUUUCUCCCAUUCAAGAAGGAAAAGCUUAAACUGCUUUUUUUCCACUUGAACAGCAGAUUUACACAAUGGAGUUUCAGAAGUAUACAAAUGUUUCAUCACCUGCUGGAACUAUUGGUUUCUGACGUUAAAAACCAUACAGUGAAUAGUUGCAUUCCAGAUAUCAGAAAGAGACAGAACUUUUAAAAGACAAAAGAAAAUAAAGAUAAAAUUUAGCAAAACUUUAAAAUAAAAAGAAAGCAUCAGCAGGAAAUGAGCAACAGGAGAGAAAAAAAUGUUAAAAGACACUCUACCUCUCUUCCUUUGUUCUCCAUUACAUUAACUGAGCUGAAUACAAACAUGUUCAUGCAUUUCAGCCUUCCCCGUAUCACUCAGUAAUUAAAAUGCAGUGUAAAGUUUGUGAGUCAAAUGGACAUUGUUCUCCUAACAGACUCAAAUUCAUAAUAACAUUUCCUCUCAUAUCCGUGUUGGGUUUUCUUUCUCAAAAGACAGACCAGUUCUUCCAAAGCUUUUUCAUUUGUUUUCCUCCAAAGAAAGUUGAAGAAAUGCCAGGGCCUGGCACUGCAAUAAUGACUAGUGUGAACAGCUUUGGACAUAGACUAGUAGGGAACAUGCAGAUGGAAAGUAAAGUCACUGAGCACUACAAGAUAGGACUGGAUUAAAAUAGCCUGGUGGAUCAUUUGGAACAGCGAGGAAAAAAAUGUUUAUUUAAAUUUAUGAAACAACAUUCUGACCCAAUCCUCUUACCUAUGAAUGAUGUGCAGAGAUAGACUUUGCUUCUGUGGACGGGAAAGACAAAAUCAAAUAUGGCAUAUCCCUUCUGGGAGAGCCACUGCCUCUUACAGAAAAACCUUGAGCAAGAUUGCUUAGCUACAUCUCUAAAGGGCAUGAAUUUUACCCAGUUUAUCUUCUUUGCUAUAGUCUAAUUCUAGCUUAGCGAUAAAAUCCCCUGGUGCUUUCCACAUUUAUGUACACUUACUUGCCAAUUCUACUCUCUCCAAGGGCUUGGAAAGCAUAAAGUCCCCCCACAAAAACAGUGCUAAAAUUAGAGAAGACAUUGACUCCAUAGACUUGUGAUAGUAACAAGAAACUGUUUCUCAAAUGCUUUGUGUACAACAGGUUUUUUAUUUACCUUUAAAGGUCUGCAUAUGGGUGAGCUGUUUGGACUAGAAAUAUGGCUUUUACAGCGGAUUAUGUGUGUGGGGAGAGCAGAAUGACAAGUAAUGUCCAUACUGGAUACAGUUGGUCCACAGACAGGACUAGUGUUUUUCUCACUGAUGUGUUUAGUGCAAAACUAUUUAAAAAUUGCUUCCUUAUAUUGAAUAGCACCUUUUAUACUCCAUUAACCCCCACAUAAGGAGGUUUAAUCUGUGAAAUAGCAUGGUGACUGUGUAAGAGAAUACAGCAAACAAUACACUCUCAGUAAUAUCUCCCCAUGCCAUGCUUGGCUGUGUUUACCUGGAAAAGAAGGCAGGAGGCAGGUUGCCCUCAAGCUUUCUGCUAUGGGGACAACACACAGGUAUCACCAUGCAGGAUAGUGGCUUCACAGCCCAUGUAAAGAUUGGCUCCUCAAGGAGUGCUACUCUCAGUACUGCACAAGAGCCCAAAUUCUGUGUUAUGAUUUGGACAUUAAUCCAACUAAGAUAGAUGGCUACUGAGUUAGUCAGUGACAUUUAAAUUUAACAAAAAUCUAUGCAGAUCAAGUUGGCUUGGUAUGUGUCAUUCACUAAGUCAUCAUGAGACAGACUAGCCCAGGCUCAACACCUGGCUUGCCCUGUACAGCCUCUCAAUUUUCUUGAUGUGCCAUUUGAAAGCUACAAUUUACUUAGACCAUAAAUGUUCUAACAUACUAAAUCAGCAACUAAACCACAUUAGCCUUCCAGCACAACUAUCUGUGGAAAAGCCUUAUUUCCAAGAAGCUGCAGGACAGAUUCAAAUAUUGACAUAAAAUAUCAGGCCUACUAAUGGAAAAUGACAGUAUCAGAAUCUGGGUUGGGACCCAAAUUCUGAUUGCUCUGAUCUCAGCUGAAAAGCCCCCCAGAAGUAAGUGUCAAGACUGCAUUUCUUUCCUUCAUACUGAAGAAUGUUAAUUCAGAAGAGUCUCACAACCCUUUAAAACUUAAUUCAGUAAAUAUACUGUAAAUAAAAGAGCAAUCACUUUAUAUAUCAUUAUGUUAUAUCACAUUAUAUCUUUGGGCAGACUGUGUAUUUCUAUAUAAUACUGCUAAGGAAGACAGCCCUAUCUUCUAACACAAAAAUGACAAGUUUUCCUUUCUAAAGCGUCAUGUCACACAAGUAUCUGUCCUACUUGAUACAUCUACAGUCCCAGAUACACUCAGAGUGCCUCAUUUGUCUGUACAAUGCCAGCAAAUUUUAAAGCCUUUCCCAAUGAGAAAUAGAAGAAUGCCUUUCCCCCCUUUUCAUUCUCAUUUAUAAUGUCCAAGACCUGAUGUCUCUGAGAAAAGAGACUGUUAGGAUGUGUUGACCUGUGUUUGCUGAGUGGGCUUUAGUGGACUUUGUCAUUCUUUGGCUAUGAGGAGUGGUUAUUGGAACUUUUGCAUGGAUUUGCUGAAUUUUGGAGAACUGCAGGUGUCACAUCCAUACCCUUCCCCUCCAGCAGUCUGUUUCCUUCCCACUUGUCCAUCUGCUACAGAAAAUUGGGGUUUUUUUACAAAAAUAAAGAGACAUACUACUAGCAA